AUGACUACCGUGGGAACUACAACAGGGAAAAGACAGCUGGAUCUUAUAGACCAACAACAACAACAACAACAACAAUUCGAAACACAAAAUGCAAAUAAUACUCGACCCAAAGAUAGUACCGAGAAUGCCACAACCAACCCCAUGAAGAAACAAGAUUUGGAUAAUAAAACUAAUACAGAACAGUCUAACGGUAAUUCAAAGAAAAAGCAACUGCUGGACCCAGAAGCUAGAAAUAAAAGAACUGCUCAAAAUAGAGCUGCUCAAAGGGCCUUUAGAGAAAGGAAAGAACGGAAAAUGAAAGAAUUGGAAGAAAAAGUUGCCAAUCUGACCAAGAUCCAAAAACAAAAUGAAAUUGAAUCAGAAUUCUUAAGAAGUCAAUUAAUUACUUUGGUUAACGAAUUGAAGAAAUAUAAACCAAAUAAUGAAAACGCUUCAAAAGUCUUGAAUUAUAUAUCUAACUCAAAUUCAAAUUCAAACCCAGAUCUAAAUUUGAAUUCCAAAUUUUCUCCUAUGGAAAGUGAUGCCUCCGCUAUGAAACGAAGUACUGGAAGUGUAUCUUCUGGGGAUUCAAAUUCAAGGACAAUGACUUCUAUGGAUGCUCCUUCUAUGUCAACAACCACCUCAGUACAAUCGAAUCCAUUAAAUUUAAAACCUCAUAAUAAUAUGACUCUAAAUGAUAUAUUACCCCCCGCAACAACGGUUGCAUCAACAAGUACACUGGAUGCAAAUCCAAGUUCUACUCUGUUCGACAGCCUAUUAGCAAAUGAUGAUUUAUUUACUCAACAAUUGAUGUCGUUCGCAAAUAAUGCCAAUAACAAUAACAAUAACAACGACAGCGUAACGACUCUUGAUAAUUCAAAUACACAACAACAAAACCUACAACAACCCCAAAUUACACCACCCAUCGAAGAUUCAAACUUGAUUUCAAACUCAUUCGAUUUCAAUGAUAAAUUCGAUGAACAAGUUUCAGAUUUUUGUGGGAAAAUGAGUAUGGCCUGCGGUACAAGAUCAAAUCCAAUACCAAAAUCAAAAUCAAAUGUAUCAACACCUCAAUCAAUCAUGAACAGCAACAACAAAUCGCCAAUUUCUCCACUAAAUGAUAGCACAUUAGCAAAAAGCAAUGUUAUUACUACAUCGAACAUUUUUGAUCAUCAAUCAAACACUCCUCAAGCAAUAAAUUCAAAUUUAACAAAUACUUGGGGAAUACCUUCAGCAUCACCAAAUUCAAAUGAUUCUUCUCCAAAUAAUAUUGUUCCAACUCAAGAUAAUUCAAAUGUAAACAUGAAUUUCGGCCAAUUAGGGUUCAUGAUGGAUUCUCCUCAAUUUCAAAAUAUCGAUCUAUCAUUACCAAUUGAAAAUGAUAAGUUUUCAGCAUCAAAUUUCAAAAAACCAUCAUUGCCAUUUAUUAACCCAACAUUAGCUUUCCCAAAUGAUGAUCUAUUCAAUAAAAACAACAGCAAUAACGACAACAACAACAAUACCACAACAACACACGAUGAAUCAGACUUAUUAUCACAAUUCCUAGCAAAUGAUUAUAGUAACACGAUUAGCACUAAUAAUUUGAUGAAUUCAGACGAUGAUGAAGACGAAGACGAUGACGAUUAUGAAAAGAAAUUAGUUGCAAAUAACUUAAUCAACGAGGAACCAUCUUCGACGAACAAGAAUAAUAAUUUGACUUCUACUUCAAAAGAACAAGAAAAUAAUGAUUUUGAUGAUUUCAUCGUACCAUCAAGGGAUGGAGGAUUAUUGAGAUGUUCAGAAAUUUGGGAUAGAAUCACUGCUCAUCCAAAAUAUUCAGAAUUAGAUAUUGAUGGUCUUUGUUCAGAAUUAAUGACAAAGGCAAAAUGUUCAGAAAGAGGUGUGGUAGUUAACGCAGAAGAUGUUCAAAUGGCUUUAACUAAACAUAUGAGUUGA